AUGGGGCCGGAUAUCGCUUUGCCCGAUUCGUCUCCACAGUUCAUCCUUGCGAAGCAAACAGAGCGCGACACACAGUGCACGGCCCAGAAAAAACGGUCGCGCCGCUCUCUUCAGCGAAGAUCUCGCAGGGGACAAACUCGAGCAGUUCGAGAAGGUCUCGCCUCCGCUUUCGCCUUCCCCUCUCGGGCGUUUUCCUCACCGUCUUGUCUCUCUCUUCGCACUCCUCUGUCUGCUUUCGGGCUUUCCUCUCCUCGUGCUUCCGCCCUCCGCCCCGGAGGCCUCGGUGUCCCCGCGCCGGUGCCGCCUGCAUCUGCGCUCGCCGCUGCCGAAGACGCACACAGUCGCGCUGCCGCUAAGGCGCAAGAUGGCCAGGACGCGAGGCGCUCUGCCGUCUCUGGCUUCGACAAAAAAGUGUCGCUGCUCGAUACACAGUUCGUCGAGGAACUGGAAAAGAGUUUCCUCUGCUACGCGUACAGCACGAUUCUGUCUCGGGCGCUUCCGGACGUCCGCGAUGGUUUGAAGCCUGUUCACCGGCGGCUUAUCUACGCCAUGCAGCAACUGCAUGUGCACCCUUCGGGCCCCUUCCGAAAGUGUGCGAGAGUUGUCGGCGAGGUUCUCGGCAAAUUCCAUCCGCACGGCGACCAGGCAGUCUACGAUGCCCUCGCCAGACUCGCCCAGACCUUCGUCGCCAGGCAUCCCCUCAUCGACGGUCACGGAAACUUCGGCUCUGUCGACGGUGAUCCUCCCGCCGCCAUGCGUUACACGGAGUGCCGUCUAACGCGUUUCUGCGAGGAUGCACUCCUGAAGAAUCUGAGUGACAAAGUCGUCCCUUUUAGGCCGAAUUUCGACGCAAGCGAGGAGGAGCCUGUCGUUUUCCCGGCGUCAGUCCCCCUCCUGCUCAUCCAAGGCAGUUCUGGAAUCGCCGUCGGCAUGAGCACUCAGAUUCCCCCUCACAAUCUCCACGAGGUCAUCGACGCGGCCGUCGCUCUGAUCAGAGAUCCGAAUCUUCCCGAUGAAGAGCUCCUCAAAAUCGUCCCCGGACCCGACUUCCCCACCGGCGGCCUUCUCGUGAAUGCAGAAGAAAUCCCCAGCGCGUACAAAGAAGGACAUGGCCGAGUCCUCCUUCGAGGCAGAGUUCAUCUCGAAGGCGAAGAGGGAGAAGAGGAGGGAGAAGAGGAGGGAGAAGAAGAUGUUAAAAAGAGUGCGGUGCGCGGCCGCGACCGCGAGCGAGAAGAUGGAGGAAAUGAAGAACAAGAAGGGAAGAGAAGCCGAAUCAAAGGAAAAGAAAAACGAAAAGAAAGGCGACUCGUCAUUACAGAGCUCCCCUACGGUGUCAACAAGAGCACCGUCAUGCAAGUCAUUGCCCAGAUGAUCUCUGUGAAGUUCCUCGAAGGCGUCGCGAGCGUGCGUGACGAGAGCGACUGGCGAGGGAUCCGCGUGGUCCUCGUGCUCCGCCGGGAGGCUGAUGCUCACACGAUCUUGACGCUUCUGCUCAAGCACACGAAUCUCCAGGUGUACAUUCCGAUGAAUCUCAUCGCCUUGGAGAAAGGCACGCGGCCCGUUCGCUUCUCUCUCAAGUCGCUUUUGCUUUCUUGGAUUUCCUUCCGCUUCGACACACUUCGCCGUCUCCUCGCCGCGGAAGAAGCGGAGCGGAAAGCGCGGAGCCAUCUGCUGGAGGGUCUGCUGCGGGCUGUGAAUCUCAUGGACCAGGUGGUGAAGACGGUCCGAGAAAGCUUGAGCGCGGACGAGGCCAAACGGAAACUCGCCGAGCCCCCGCUGGGCUUCUCGCCUGCGCAGGCGCAAGCUCUGCUGCGACUGACGUUGUCGCGGCUGACGCGUCUGGAGCGGCGUCAACUGGAGGACGAGGCGGCGGAGCAGACGCGCAGACUCGCGCGGCUGGCGUCGCUGCUGGCUCACGACAACGAGAUCUACGAUUUGAUGACCGACGAACUGAAGGCGCUCAAGUCACGCCACAGAGCCCCCAGACGGACAAAGGUCGUUUGGCCCCGGGGGAAAGGCCGCGACCGAGCGAAGAGGCCCGAACGGACGCCGGGGGCUGGAGCGGAGGAGAACGAACGGCCAGGCAGCAGAAAAGGAAGAAGUGGAAGAGAACAGCCAGGUGCGGGGCACGACUCGGCGACAGUCGGCGACGGGACGGAGGCACGCCCCGAGAGCGAGGUUGCUCGAGUGUCUGGGACGACGGAGGCGAGGGAAGGAACUCGGACUUACAGACAGGCGGUUUCUGGUCGAGGCGAGAGGAAAGACGCGAAGGGAGCACGGGGCGGGGGCCGAGACGAAGGCGAGAAGAAUCGAGUGACAGGCGAAGGGACGGCGUCUCACGACUCUGCAGCAGACGCCAGAGAGUCGGGGGACGUGGAGGCCUCUGAAGCGGAGAGAGACCCAGAAGGGGAAACGAGCAGAGAGAGCGAGGAGGACGCCCAUGUCCCUUUUGGGGAAAUUCAAAAUAUGAACAAAGAAGACUGCAUUUCGAACCAACGGAAUGUCAUUCUUCUUUCUUCUCCUGCUCUCGUUCGGCGUCUUCCUCUCUCCGCGUACCCGACCCUGAGGCGGGGCGCCUUGGGGCUGCGGAGCCUCGCACGUUCGUCGGCUCUCGAGGGCGAAGAACAGAGGCGCGACGUGGAAGACGAAGAUUUAGGUGCAAACGGACUGUCGACAGUGGGAAAAAGAUCAGACCUCGGCGCGCCUUCUCUCCAAGGCGUCUGGAGUUGCUGGACGAAGGACCGCCUUCUGUUCAUCUCUGCAAAUGGAUAUGUUUCGGUCGUGCCUGCCUAUUUGAUUCCUCCCGCGUCGCGCGUCUCGCGAGGGGCCAGCCUUCCGCAUGUCCUUUUUGACGGCUUCAAGAAGAAGAAGCUGGCGCUGCUGCGGCCAGACGAGAGGGAACUUGGCGCGGGGAGUUCUGCCGACGUCCUUUCCGAAGAAGAUCGAAUCAAGAGAGAGGUGAAGCGAGAAGAAAAAGAAAGGAGGCUGCUGCGCGAGGCGUCCCAAGUUGCCACAGUUCUCGCUGUAACGCCGAGCUCACAGGCGGAGAGCGCGCGGGAGGUGGGCGCAGCAAAGAGUGGAAAAACAAAAAGACGGUUCCUUCUCGUGGUGACGGAGCAGGGAAGAAUCGCCAAGGUGAAACUGGAAAGGAUUCUCGGACAGCACCGGGAGACAAAAUUCAAAAAGAUCCUUGCCGUCGCGCCUAACGACCGCGUCCGGGCAGCGACGCUGCUCGAAGAAGAGGUGGAUACGGGCGAGAAGAAAGAAGGAAGCCGCGUAGGAGACGAACAAGGAACGGCAAAGCCGACGAGCACCAAUGAAAAAGAAACGAAAAACAAACAGGGAGGAACACGAACACCAGGCGACGAAGCCGAGAAACGGGAAGAGGAAGAAGAGGACGAAGAAGAGGACGAAGAGGACGAAGACGAAGAAGAGGACAAAGACGAAGAAGACGAAGAAGAGGACGAAGAGGAAGAAGCGGACGAAGAGGACGAAGAGGACGAAGAGGAAGAUGUCGAGGAGGACGGCAAAGAGGAUGAAGAAACCAGUUUUCAGGAGGAAGAAGGCGAAGCGGGGGCCGAGGGAGACGGAGAAGCGAGCGCACAAGAGUUAAACACCGACCAAGGGAAGACGGACACGAGAUCGCCUUCCAUUGUCAUUGUGACUCGACACGGCAUGGGCCUUCGCUUCCCUGCUUCGUCCCUUCGUGCGGCAGGGUCCAGCAAGACGCGCGGCGUCCGCGCCAUCCGCUUGCGCGCCGGGGACUCCGUGGCCUCAGUCGCCGUCGUGCCGCCUCAGCUCGAAGGGCCAGAAAAGACAACGGAAGCGGCGAAGGAAGGAGACAGCCAGGCGACGGAGACGGGCGAAGCGCGACGCUCGUCGAACGAAGGCGAACCUUCCCUACUGAUUGUCACUGCCGCUGGGUUCGUGCACUUUGCCUUCCUGCACUCUGCCGACUGCCUGCUCGUCCCCGCAGGAAAGCGACUUCGGGUAUCGGCACUUCGGAUGCAACGGCGAAGGGGUGUAGGCGUCCGAGUCAUUCGUCUGGUGCAAAGAAAACAGCCGAAGCGAGAAGCUGGCGAGUCUGGAGCGCCUGGGGAGAGCGGCGAGUGCGGAUCUGACGUCCCGCCGCGACGGGAAACGCACUGUUCGAGUGCCUGGAGGCAAGGAAAAGGCUCAAGCGCCGACUCCAAGGAAGAGCGAGAGGCGCAUGCGGCGAAAGCAGGAGAGGAUAAAGGACUCGAGGGGACGCUUACCUCUCAGGAAAACGGCCUUGCCGAGCCAUCGGCGUCGGAAGAAGGGAGCAAUUACGUUGUCGCUCUGUUGACGCUCGCAUCGUCUCGCGAGGCAGGCCGCGCGAAACAGGCCAAGGGAAGCGAGGACAGGGAACUUCUCUCAGUCACACAAGACGGUUUCCUGCUGCGGCAGUCCUGCGAAGGCAUUCCAAUGCCCAGAGGGAGGCUCGCCCGGGGCGUCACCCUUCAGAGACUCCCGCUCAGCAGGAACCGACGGAGACCCGCGAGAGAUUUGAUUGUGGCCGCAGAUCUUGUCCACGGCGGGGCUUCAAAAAGAACGGGGAAGAGACGGAAGGCGGAAGAAUAA